AUGGCCUGGUGGUCAAUUAUUCUGCUCUGGUGUAGUCUUGCGACAUGCUGGCAGGUCUUUCCAGACUCAGCAGUCGAUGACUAUGAGAAGAAGUGUGCGGAUGCUCUGUCGACCAAUAUCACCACCUGCCUGAAAGCAGUCCACGGACUGAGUUCCAAUAACCACUACUCCCAACACGGUCUCGAUGUCAUUUGUAAGGAUGAGUGUCGUGGUAACCUCCAGAAAUACGAGCAAACGGUGAAGAAGGCAUGUCCUGGAGUCACCUAUACCAGCGAAUGGGGGAAUGAUUUCCCCAUUUCUGCUGUUGCAAGCACGCUGGUCUUCAAUUUCAACCAGACUUGCCUCAAGGACGAGGGAAAAUACUGCAACCUGGUUCUGGGGAACCUGACCAAGAAUGACGGAGAUCAAUGCCACAAGUGUACCCUGUUGAAACUGCGCAACGAGGCGCAGUUUCCGUAUGGGAGCGGACCCAAGGUGUACUCGGAGGCCUAUCCCAGCUUCACGUCCUCCUGUGGAUUCACCGGAUACCCUGUGACAGCCCCUCCGACUUCGAAGCCUUCUCCAUCGACAAGUAAGAAUUCAACUUCCACCUCGGUGUCAGCGACACCGACAAGCUCCGCCUGCAAGGGUGAGAAGUAUACGAUUAAGAAGGGAGAUACUUGCGAGUCCGUAUCUAAGUCUCAGAGUGUUGCCACCAUGCAGCUUCUUCUCGACAACGAACUGCAAGCCUACUGCCAUAACUUCCCCACAAAGGGAGAUCUAUGUAUCAUGAACCAGUGUGCGGUCUACACCGUCAAGGACGGCGACACUUGCAAGAGCGUUGCCAAGGCACACAAUAUCACGACCGUCCAGCUCCGUUCGUACAAUCCCUGGAUCGACGGCAAUUGCUACAACUUCAACCGCGCGAUCGGCACACAGAUCUGCAUGGACGAGCCGGGAGACAAAUAUCGUCCGCCAUCGCGACCCGUUGGGAUUCCAACCAGCGUUUCUUCAGCGACGACUGCCAGCACUGCUGCUCCCACGCCGACCAACGUGGCGGAUAAAACAACAAAACAGUGUGGAAAGUACUACGCCGUCAAGAAGGGGGAGGAUUGCGGUACCAUGGUGAAAAGAUUUGGUAUCAGCAGGGAGGACCUGGGGAUUCUCAAUCCCGGUUUGAACGCGAACUGCACCAACCUUCUUUCCGACGUGAGCUACUGCGUGACGCCGGUGGAAGAUAUCAACAACUACCCCGGUGCCCCGGGGUAUGUUCCCUCUUAUUCCACCAUCGCCUGGGACACUCUCCCUUCAGCGACAUACAAACCUGUUCUCAAACCCCAUAAGUUGCCGUUAGCACGAGGGACGUCCAAAGACUGUCAAGUAUACGCCGACGGCGAGGACCUGCAGUAUGACUUUGGGGUGACUCCGUGCAAGGCAGCGGAAGUUAUCUGGGAGAUCAACGAGAAGCAGCUUCUAGACUGGAAUCCAUCGCUGCGCUCUGGUGGUAAAGAUGAAGGGGUGGGGAGCGGAUUCAAAUUCAUCAUCCUCCGAGAGUUCCACCACGUCUAA